GCGCCAUCUUGCCCAGGAGUGCUCUUGUGGAAUACAGGAAGCAAGGCAGAGCUGGCUUGGAGAGGUUUUCGCUGCCGGCUUCCCUCAUGGCUUUUGCGCCCAUGGGGCCGGACGCUUCAUUCUUUGAGGUUUUGGAGCGGCAUAGGGCUUCCCUGUUGGCCACACAAAAGAGAGAUAGUGGGGAGCCCCCAGACCGCCUGGCCUCCAGUUCUGAGGUCUGUGCAGCUAUAGAAAAUGUUAUCCAAGACAUCGUCGCUAGCCUGGCAAGCAAAGAGGCACCUGUGUUCACAAUAGAAGACAGAUCCAGCUGGAAAAAUAUGAAGUUUGACGCUUCAGUGGGCCUCCAGAUGGCACCUCACUGCGCCAUGAGAAAAAUCAAAAGCGAUUCACUAGCAUCAGUUCAGAAAUUUGCUCUAAUUCUUAAGGUUCUGUCCAUGGUUUAUAAAUUAGCACAGAGCAACACUUACGCAACCAAAAGAGACAUCUAUUACACUGACAGCAAACUCUUUGGCAGUCAGACUGUCGUGGACAGUAUUAUCAAUGACAUCUCUUGUAUGUUGAAAGUGCCCAGGAGGAGUCUCCAUAUAUUGUCCACGUCGAAAGGGUUAAUUGCUGGCAAUCUCAGCUACUUGGAGGAAGACGGCACCAAAGUGAGCUGCACCUGCGGGGCCACGGUUGCUGCUGUGCCAUCUAAUAUUCAAGGAAUUCAUAAUUUAGUUACAGAUGCGAGAUUUCUAUUAAUUGUAGAAAAGGAUGCAACAUUUCAGCGACUCCUGGAUGACAACUUUUGUAGCAGGAUGUCCCCAUGCAUCAUGGUCACGGGAAAGGGAGUGCCUGACCUGAACACCAGACUGCUGGUCAAGAAACUGUGGGACACAUUUCACAUGCCCAUCUUCACGCUUAUGGAUGCAGACCCCUACGGCAUAGAAAUAAUGUGUAUCUAUAAGUAUGGCUCUUUGGCCAUGUCUUUUGAAGCGCAUCAUCUCACAGUUCCAGCUAUCCGGUGGCUUGGUCUCCUCCCUUCCGACAUUAAAAGAUUAAAUCUACCCAAAGACAGUUUGAUUCCACUGACAAAACAGGAUCUCAUAAAACUGGACAGUAUGCGCAGGAGACCUUACAUGACCUGCCAGCCGUCCUGGAGGGAAGAGAUGCGGAUAAUGGCAGACUCCAACAUGAAGGCGGAAAUCCAAGCCUUGGCCUGCCUGUCGGCCGACUACCUCUCCAGAGUGUAUUUACCCAACAAGUUAAGAUUUGGAGGAUGGAUAUGAAAUGCACCCGAAGGACGUGUGAUGCCCAGAGGCUCCUCAUGUAGUUUUGCUCUCACUGCGAAACACUGUUGUGAAAAAAGCUUCAUUCCUUGAAAGUUAUAUAAAGUUAAUUUCCAUUAGUCGCAGUGUUGUUGAGGCAAACAGACACUCCCUCCAUUUAGAAACUUUAUCCUCUGUAGAGACUGUUUCCUACCCUUUUCUUAUUUUUUGAAGUUGAUUUUUAUCCUGUGUUCUCAAGUAAAUUAUAAGUAUAUAUUAUUCUGACUUUUUAAUUUUGUUUGUAAAGUAUUUAUACCUCAUAAAAGUCUACAGAAUAGUUUGCCUUCUAGGGCCGGCAGCAUGUUGUGGUAGGCUAAGCUUCUGCCUGAGGGGCUAACAGCCAUGUGGGCACUGGUUCGAGUCCUGCUGCCCCAAAUCCAAUCCAGCUCCUUGCCAGUGACCUGGGGACGCAGCAGAGGAUGGCCCCAGUCAUUGGGCCCCUGAAUGGGCUCUGUCACCCCAUCUCUCCUUCUCUCUGAAACUCUGCCUUUCAGACACAAAUCUUUAAACAAAAAUAAUUUGCCUUCUACAUUCUACAACAUGACUAUGGUAAAGACAUGAAAUAUCUUAUUAAUAACAAAGAUGAUCUCAGUUUGAGUUCUUGAAAAUAUAGUAUCUGAUGAGGAUUUUUACACUAAUUUUAAAAUUCUUUUUUUAAAGAUUUAUUUUUUAUUGGAAAGGCAGAUUUAUAGGGAGAAGGAAAGACAGAGAGAAAGCUGUUCCUUCCACAUCACUCCCCAAGUGUCUGCAAUGGCCAGAACUGAGCUGAUCCAAAGCCAGGAGUCAGGAGUCUCUUCUGGGUCUCCCACGCAGGUGCAGGGUCCCAAGGCUUUGGAGUGUCCCCCAUUGCUCUCCCAGGCCACAAGCAGGGAGCUGGAUGUGAAGUGAAGUAGCCGGGAUGGAAAUCGGCGCCCAUAUGGGAUCCCGGUGCGUGCAAGGCGAGGCUUAGCCAUGGAGCCUGCUGCCAAGGCCCUCUUCACAUUGCUCUUUGUUUAUAGUGUGGGGGUCUCACUCUGUUAAUUCAUUGUAAAAUUAGUAAAAC